CCAAUGUCUAUUCAUUACAAUGGAAGACUGUGGAACAGGUCUUUGUGAAAUAUAUAAACAGCUGCGUACAUGUCUUCCUAACCAUUGAUCUAAAUCAUAGCAAGCAAGCGAGAAAAAACAUAAAUCUCUCUCUCUCUCUCUUGCAAGGGAAGGUUGGAAAAAAAAAAGAAAGAAAGAAAAGGCAAAAAGAAACACUCGUAUGUUUCCUAAAUGUUGAUUUUAAUUACGUUAUAAAUGGCCAUGUACCCUCGUCACUAGAUUUGCUUCAAAGGGGAAAUCUGAUGCUGUUUCAAGACGAGUGUUGGUGUAAAGUGAACUUUCUGCUGUCACCAUGGAAAAUGGCUGACAAUUGUUAUCAAAUACCAGUCUAAAUAAAAUAUUGGCCAAUAUGGAAACUAGUGUUGAUAAUAUAUCCAGUUGCAAUGCUUCAGCAAACCAAUUAAAUGAUCAAAUGGCUGAGGCUGAUUAUUUAGAUACUUUAAUUGCAGCUGUUACCAGCCACAAAGAAGAUACUCAAGAAAAUGAUAAUUUAACUGACAUUCAGAAUGAAGUGAAUUUUGAUAGUGAAAAAACUGAAGAUAAAAAUAUUGAAGAAAAUCUGAUUGGUAACGAUAAGAUGGAUCCAUCUUCACCCCAAGCUCAUUCAGAACAGUCUGAAGAAAGAAAUGAUGACGACGAAGAGGAGGAAGUAAAGAAAGAAGAACCGAAUACUGAUGGCAAUAAAAAGAAAAAGAAACAUAAAAGAAAAAGAGCGAAGAAAGUUGAAAAUGAUGAUGAUGAAUCUGACAGUGAUAUAGUGGAAUCGAAACAAUCAAAAAUUGAAAUGGAAGAUAUUAAAGACAUAAAGGAGGAAUCUGAUGUGUCCUUUACUCCAAAAGAUGAAAAUGAAAUCAAAAACGAAUCUCCAUCUUCAAGUGAAGAUAAUGCUGGUAGUGAAAGCUCAAAUUCUUCGGAUUCUGAUAGCAGUAGUUCAAAUUCAUCUUCAAAUGAAGACGGUGACUCCUCAUCAUCUUCUGGAGAUGAUGACGAUGAGGAUGGAGAAAAUGAUGACGAUGAUGAUGCUGAUGCUGAUGAGGAUGAUGAGGAUGAUGAUGAUGAUGGGAAAGAUAAUGAGGAAGAGGAAACACAAAAAGAUACGGAAAAGGUAAAAAGCAAAGAGAAGAGCUCUCGUAGUAAAGGACGCAAGAAGAAGAAAAGUGAUAGCAAUGACGAAGAGAAGCCAAAAGCUUCAUCUCGAAAGCGUAAACUAACACUCAAACGUCAACGGAAGAAAGAGAAAGAAAAAACCAAAAGACGAAAUAUUAGAUCAAUUUUACGUGAUGACCAACUUGAAGCAGAAACCCUUGCUGCUCAAAAUGAAGAAAUGGAACGGCAACGGCGCUUGCAAGAAUUGAAGAAACAAAUGCAGCAAAAAGUAAUAAAGCCAGAAGAGAAAGAUUCUCAACUGAAAUCUCUACUACAAGGCGAUUGCUCAUCUGCUGCUUUCUAUUUGGGAACUGAUCAACUUGGUACUGAAGAAACUAACAAACAAUUUAGCAAAGAUGAUGUUAUCCUUCUUGACAGUGGAGAUGAGAACAAGAAGAAAGUGUUGACUGACAUCAUUGAACUUAGUGAUGAUGAUGAUGUUGUCAUGAUAAAAAGUGAUGAAGAGCCUGAGGAGGCAGAGGAAGAAGAAGAGGAAGAAGAUAUGGAUAAUGUUGGUACACAUAUUAACGAUGAAUUGAAUCAACCAGAUGAAACCGGCAAUGUUUUAAUUAAUAUUGGUCAUCCUGAAGGUGACCCUGAUGUUUUCCUCCCUCCACAUAUUGCAGAUGUUAUUAAACCACAUCAGAUUGGUGGUAUCAGAUUUUUGUAUGAUAAUGUGAUAGAAUCCCAAAGCCGAUUUAAAUCCAGCAGUGGCUUUGGCUGUAUCUUAGCUCAUAGCAUGGGCUUAGGAAAGACCAUUCAACUCAUUGGCUUCAUUGAUAUAUUUUUGCGUUUUACUGAGGCUCAAUCUGUGCUUUGCAUUGUCCCAAUUAAUACCAUACAGAAUUGGUUAGCUGAAUUUAAUAUGUGGUUACCUGAAAAAUCACCCGAGGACUCUGAAGAUAAAGCUAAUCUUGAUGUCACAACUAGAAACUUCAAGCUAUUUGUUAUCAAUGAUAAUCAUAAAACAACUUUAGCUAGAGCAAAAAUACUAGAUGAAUGGAGUCGUAUAGGGGGAGUACUUUUGAUGGGAUAUGAAAUGUACAGAUUAUUGGUAACAAAAAAGUGCACUUUUGGUCCUCCUCCUUCUCGAAGGAAAAAGAAGAAUAAUGAACCAAUUAUUAUAGAUAUUGAGGAAGAAGAUAUGAAUAAAAAAUUACAUUUAGGCAUUCAAAAAGCACUUGUGAAUCCUGGACCAGAUUUGAUUGUUUGUGAUGAAGGCCAUCGCAUAAAGAACAGUUUAUCUGGAGUGGCUCAAUCAUUGAAGAACAUUAAAACAAAGAGAAGAAUUGUACUAACUGGUUACCCGCUACAGAAUAAUUUAUUGGAGUAUUGGUGCAUGGUUGACUUUGUGAGACCUAACUAUUUAGGUACAAAAGCAGAAUUUUGUAACAUGUUUGAACGACCCAUCAUGAAUGGUCAAUGUGUUGACAGUACACGUGAGGAUGUCACUUUAAUGAGGUACAGAGCCCAUGUUCUUCACAGUUUGUUGCAAGGAUUUAUUCAGAGGAGAGGCCAUUCAGUCCUUCAGUUUAGUUUGCCCCCGAAACAAGAACAUGUCUUUACUAUCCGAAUGUCAAAUAUCCAAAGACAACUUUACAAGAAAUUUAUGGACUGCAUUUCAGAUUGUGAAAUGGGAAUGUGGGCAAGCUACAAUCCCUUGAAAGCUUUCUCUACAUGUUGUAAGAUUUGGAACCAUCCAGAUGUUAUGUGGAAAAUUAUACAACAUCAGAAAACUCUUCUUGAAGACAAUGACUUGGAUUUUGAACCUGAUGGAAAAGUUAAUGGUGUUCAGUCAGGUGGUAAAAAGAAAAACAAAACUAUUGGCAACUCUACUCGUAUGAAUGCAAAUACAAAGAAAAAAAUACUUCCUGAACCUAUUAAUAUGAAAAAUAAUGCUCAUAAGUGUUGCAGCAACAACAGAUCAAAUACAAGUGACAAUUUGAACCUUGGUUUUCAACCAAAAGGAAUGGGAAUGAAUAGUUGUAGUGGAUCAAGGGACAACAGUUGUUGUAAUUAUAAUUUAGGCCAGGAUCUAGGGCUUUGCUGUAAUUCUGGAAUGCAAUCAUGUAACAGUCCUGGGAUGAAUAAUACACCUAGUGGUAAUAAUACUUGUAAUGAUAACAGCCUUGAACAGAACAUGAAUUUUAUGAGUUCUAAGAUGAGCAAUAUGAAGGACAAUAAUAACCAGUUGAGUGCUUCCUACUUAAGUUCAACUUGCCAUAAGGAUUCUAACAGUGGUAUAAGUACCAUUAACCAAGGUUGUCAUAUAAAUAAUGAACCUAGAGGAGAUAUGGUAAGAAACCUGGAGCCAGGAGAAUGCAUGACUAGAAACGAGUCCAGUCAGAAUAAUUGCAUUAAUAAUGACCACAUGAUUCCUGGUAGUCAUAUUGGUAUGAAUGCAAGUUGUGAUCAAACUAAUACAAGGCAUCUAAUGGACAGUGGAAGUAUGAACAGUGAAAAUCAUAUUGGGUCUUUAGGUUAUUUGAAUACACAUUCAAAUAGUGAUGCUCAUGGUUGUUUGAAUGCAAGUAGACAUAAUGAUGUUAACAAUGUUAUGAAUGCUAAUGACCAAAUGAAUUUAAACUAUGGUUUGAAUUCUGGAAGCCAUAUGAGUGGCAAUAGUAUGAACAUGGUUAGUAGAGAUGUAAUAAAUUCCAAUUGUGCCAUUGGUGAUUCUAGCAAUUUAAAUUCUUGCCCUCCUAGUGGUUUGAAUUUUGGCAAUCAGUCUCAUUGUUAUGAUGCCACAAAUAGCAAUCAUAACAUGGGCCUUUCCAGCUUGAAGUCUUGUGCAGCAAAUACAAAUAAUCACUUGGGUGGUGGUAGUAGUAUGAACUACAUGAGCCAUUUGGGACCUGAUAUCACUGCUGGUUGUUCCUUGACAAAUGAUACCAUGAAAAAUAUAAACAUUGAUAGCUGUGAACAAAUAACAGACAUAAAAAGUAAUGUCACCUGCCAAAUGAAUAACAUGAAUAUAAAUCCUUGUCAAAUGAACAGUGAUAACCAGAGUCAUUUGAACAGUAACAACACCCUUGGUAUGGGUAACAUGCUGCUGAGCAAUACGAAUCAGAACAAUCAGGAAUCAAAAGACGACUACAGCAGAGAUAUCGGUAGUCACAUAACUCCCAACACUGGUUUGAAUAGUUGUAGUAACAACACCCAGUUAAACACAACUGCUAAAGAUUGUAAAAAUGUAAAUAUGUGCAACAAAGUUUCCCAGAACAUGAAUAUGCAGAGCACAAAUAUGUUUGGUGGCAGCAACUCAACUGCUGGUGCUCAUGUGUGCAACCAAAGUGGAACACAAGGAAAUAUACCUACUACAACUUCAACAACAGAGAAGAAGUUAGACAGCAAUGUCCUUUCUUUAGACUGGGUAGCGGAAAUAAUGAAAGACUACACACCAGAAUUACUGGAAAAUGGUGGUAAAAUGGUAUUGCUCUUCAGCCUUAUUGAAGAAUCUUUGAAAGUUAGUGAUAAGAUGUUGGUUUUCAGUCAAAGCCUCACCACUUUGAAUGUUAUUGAAGAUUUCCUCAACAGACGUCAAGUCCCACGACCAGAAAUGAAUGAGAACUGGUGUAAAAAUAAAAGCUAUUUCCGACUGGACGGCAGUACUUCUGCUGCAGAACGAGAGAAAUUGAUCAACCAGUUUAAUUCUCCUGAUAAUAAUAGAGUUUGGCUAUUUUUAUUAUCAACAAGAGCUGGAUGUCUCGGUAUCAAUCUUAUUGGAGCUAAUCGUGUUGUUAUUUUUGAUGCAUCCUGGAAUCCAUGCCAUGAUUGUCAAGCUGUUUGUCGUGUUUAUCGAUAUGGACAACAGAAGCAUUCCUACAUAUACAGGCUAAUAACUGACAAUACUUUGGAGAAAAAAAUAUAUGAUAGGCAAAUAAACAAGCAAGGCAUGUCAGAUCGAGUUGUUGAUGAGCUAAAUCCAGAAAAUCAGUUCACAAGACAGCAAGUUGACAGUCUCUUACAUUAUGUUGACCAAGACUUACCUGAAGUUAAGUUGGAUAACUUUGAUAGUGAAGGUGAUUCUGUUCUGCAAACUGUCCUUGAAAAAGAUGGGAAAUGGCUAACAAAGGAACCAUUUACUCAUGAAUCUUUGCUGUUAGACCAAAAAAGUCUACGAUUAACCAAGAAAGAAAAGCAACUUGCCAAACAGGGUUAUGUUAUGGAGAAGAAAAUGAAUUUGAAUUACAGUCGACAAUCUUAUACCAUGUAUUAUCCUAAGCCAGGGCAGUCGACACAAUAUUAUCAAGGUCCUGGGCCAUGGCCAAAUAAUAUGCAAGCAGGUGAACGACCAGUUGCAAGUGUCAAACCGAUUAUAUCAACUCCUGUACCAAUGUCACUUCCUCAAGUCAAUUUCCCACUCAAUCAGAUGUUGCGUUCUACAGUAUCAGGACAACAAGUGAAAGUAGUCAGACCAGGUGUAUCAGUACAUCAAAUUGUCACUACAACAGAUAUUAUGCUUCCUGGAUCUAAUAAUAAUUCAUCAUAUCCAGAUGUUAUCCCAGCUGGACAGCAAAUCCAUGUAAUUAAAACACCAAGAGGGGUAUACAUUCGAACAAAUAAGGGCAAGAUCUUUGCUGUUCGCUCCAAACCACCAGCCACUUCAACCACAACCAGCCAAACACCUCCAACAAGUUUAUCUGAUCUUCUCUUACCACCAGCUUUACCUGCAACAUCCACCUCUACAAGUUCUGGUAACCUCAGUAAUAUUGGUGUCAGUUCAAGCAAUUUAGGAUCAAAUAACAAUGCUCCUGGAAAGAAUUCUCUUAGUUUUCUUGAAAGCAGACCUAAUAAUCAAAUAAUAAAUAGCAACAAUACUGAAGCGUCAAAUUCUUCAAAUUACCCAGAUUAUUUAAAUUAUCUACGAUCUUUAAAACCACAGUUUCAAUCUGGAUACUUUCCUAAAGCUCUGAGCAGUAGGAAUUCCAACGUAGGGAAUAGUAAUUUUAAUAGUAUGCUACCUCAGCAUAUGAUUCAGUCACCAUCAAGUCAACAGCUAUCUCAUUUUCCAGUUGACUCUCAAGCUUCUGAUCGCAACAAAUCUUUCCCAUCAUCCACACACCAAUUGGGUUCUCAUUCAUUGUCUCUUCCAGCUACAUCACUCCAAAAACAAAUGUCUCUGCAAAAGGAUAAUGAUAUUUGCAUUAUUAGUGAUGACGAAGGCAAAAUGGACAAUGAAUCCGAGGGAAUCAUUAACGCUCCCACCACCUUGAAUUUAAGCAGUAGCUCCACUGACAACUGCAGUAAUACUGAUAUUACAAAUAAAUCUUCAUCUUCAUUCAUCCAUUCACCUGCUUUAGAUUUACCUGCCAUGAUUGAUAAUAUACCAUUGCAGACUACCACUAAUACAUCAAACAUUAAUCUUUCAUCUCAGUCACCGUAUAACUCUGAUUCAUAUGUUAGGUCAUCUCCCAAACUGGCACAAGUUGUAGAAAUGGGAAACAGUGCUAGCAAUAACAGUUGUACUGUUGACUCCCAGCAAAUUGGCUCAAAUGACUUUUCAACCCAUUCACUUCUGCCAACAUUUUCAUCAAUUCCACAAUCUGAAAAUCACCACCAACAUCAAGGGCAUCGACAGCCUCAGAUUUCACCUAUUCCUGUUUCUAAUUCUGGGCUCUCUUCUGCCUCUAACCUGAAUAUGUCUUCUUCCAACUUCAGUCCUUCUCUACCUAACCUUCAACAACAGAGCCUAUACAACAUACCUAAUUACAGUUUUGGCAACAUGCUAUCUCCGCACAUGUUGACAAAUAAAAAGUCAGGACAAUCUCCAAUUGAAAAUUCUGGCUAUAAUCCACUUCCCACUUUCUCUCCUUCAAUUAUGAAUCAAGCACCAAUCAAUAAUAAUAAUAAUAGUAAUAACAAUAAUAAUAACCCUGAUAACCUGAAUCCAAGGACCAACACUUCUGAGCCCAGUCUCUCACACUCACAAACUCUUUCAUCUUUACUUUAAUCUUGAAAGUCUUAAACAAUUCUGUGUUUUUUCAAGCAGCUUUCACAAAUGAUAGUGUUUUCCGUUUUUAUUUACAUUCUUUUCUGCUACCCAAAUCCUUAUUUUCUUAACUUUUAUGUCAUAAUAUAACAAGAAGGAGAAAGAGGAUAUAAAUUUCAAUUUGUAAUUGUCAGAAAUGAAUUUUGCUAUGUCAAGAUUAGAAAAGACUUGUACUGACAAUUUCUUUCCAUGUUUUCAUAAUUUUCUAGAUGCACCUAUCAUAUGUUUCACUAACUUUGAAAUAUUUAUUGAAACAUGUCAUAUAUAAUCCAUUUUUAUUCUGUUAUCUCAGUUUUAUUUCAAUUUGUUAAUUGUUUUGAUCAUUAAAGCAACAGGUUAGUUUUUAUAAUGUGCACAAUUUCUGCUAUGUCUUCUAGGUUCAGAGAAAUGCCAAUAUACUAUGCAAGAUAGAAUAAGCAUAUUAUUUUAGGUUUAGAAAAUAAAGUGUCAAGUUAAGAAAAAUGUUUUAAUUUGGUUUUGUAAUUUGAAAAGGCCUCAACUGUCACCCUAAUGAUUGGAAAAGUUUCAUAUUUUGGUAGGUUUUUUCCAUAGGUCUUGUUCACUUGUUUUGAAUAAAAAUUAAUAUUUGAAUAUGUAGCCAAAACUAAUGUCUUUGUAGAUACA